UCGACCGCUUCUGCGCACAUUUUGAACGCCGCGCCUGAGUCCACCAGGAACAUGCGCAUGCGUGGCUCUGGUACCUGCUCACCCCACCAAAGCCAGAAGUGGCCGGUACUUGAAGCGGGGUGAGCCGGAAGUCGCUUUGCCGCCCACUUUCACGUUGUACCGGCGGAAAUUCAAGCACUGGAAGAGAGGUUCCGGGGCUGGGCUGGCCUGACUGAAGGCGGCAGAAUGGAGACGCGGACCGAGGACCGGGCCCUCACCCGCCGCCCCACGCUGGCCUCUUCUUGGGAUGUUGCAGGCGGGGCCCUGACCCACAACCUCCUUCUCACCCGGGCCAGUCUCGGCCCCGGUGACUUCGACUGGGAGGAGCUGCUGGCGCCGCCUGCUCCAGGUGAACAUGAAAAGGUUAUUUUGUACAAAAAAUAUCUAAAAUUGGAGUCCUCCACACAUGCUUGUAAAAUAAAGUUGCUCUCCUUUGGCGAAAGGCAGUGUGUGUUCAUCAGUAAAGUUGUGGUACACAUGAGAUCAGUUUUGGCAAAUUCUUCAACAAGCUUUCCUGCUCUAGGAUCAAGGAUAGACCUUGACAAGGUCCAAACCAUAAUGGAAUCCAUGGGGUCAAAGUUAUCUCCUGGAGCUCAGCAGUUGAUGGAUAUGGUUAGAUUUCAGCAGCGGAAUUGUAUUCCCAUUGGAGAGCAGCUUCAGUUGGUGUUGAGCAAUUCUGGAUACAAGCAUAUGAUUGGACUACAAUCCUCAUCUACCUUAGGAGCCUUAGACAAGUCAUCCUCCACACCUUUUCCUUUUAGAACUGGAUUGACAUCUGGGAAUGUGACUGAAAACUUACAAACUUACAUUGAUAAAAGUACACAACUACCUGGUGGAGAGAAUUCUACCAAGCUUGAUGAGUGUAAAAUUGUGCCUCAAAACCGUUCCCUUCUUGAAAAUGAUCUUAAAAAUGCAACGUCCUCUUUCUUACCAAAGAAAGCAAGUGACAACUCAAAUAUACCUAACUCUGAGUUGCUGCCUUUUCUCCAGAAUUUAUGUAGUCAAGUUAAUCAUCUCCGUGUGGGAAAUAAGACCGAGUGUCAGGAAAACACCAAGCAUGGCGAACGCAUUCUUGGUGUUGGAAUGGAAGAGCAACCUGUUUGCUCCUACUUGGAAAAGAUUCUUUCUAAAAAUAUGGAACUGAUGGAAAAGAAACUUAUGGAUUACAUUGACCAGCGAAUAUAUAAACUCCAGGAGCACAUUGAUGAUAAGAUUGCUUUGUUAAUGGAUUUGCUGCAAAAUCCCAACUCCCCGCCCACUGGGCUACCUCUGAGACAUUAUGACUCUGGAGAAAGACUUUCAAAUGGAGAAAGAUAAGCUCUCAACGUAAACAGUGUACUGCAGAUAUUUAUUACAUAUUUAUUACAAAGCCAAAACCCAAAAAUAUUUAUAAAAAGCAAGUAUUUAAUGUCCUUUGAGGGAUCAUUGUCUUACACAAAGUGACCUCAGUUUUCAUUUUUACUACACUUGUUAUUUUAAAUCCAGUACUGUACAUCGAGUUAAUAUGAUACAGUCAAAUUAUUUUUGCUCACGAUAUUUUUCAGUCUUACAGGAAUGUAUGUGUACUUGUGUUGAGAGUUCAAAAUGCUUGAGGAUUUCUAAUACAGUUCAUUAGUUUGUACUGUAUAUGUGUUUAAGUAUAAUUUUUAUUUAUACAAUUAUUUUACAGUCUUAGAAGUAUGAAAAAUAAUGCUUAGAGUAUUUGAAUUUUUUCUUUUUCUGUUUGUCUUGGAAAAUUGGAUACUUAAGACUUGGAGCCUUUAAUUCAGAUUACCAGUUUAUGUUUUGUAUUGCUUAUCUGAGAUAAUGAAUAAGAUGUGAUAUUUGGCAUGUGUAAAAUUAGUUCACUCUGGGGCUGUUAAUAUUAUUUGUUUCAUUACAGAGUAGCUGUAGGUAGGAAAGUAAAUAUCAGAACCAGCCUAGUCCUUGUUAUGAUUAGUACUUUGGAUUUGAUGUUUCCUGUAAAACAGAUGUAGUCAUCUUGUUUGACCUCAGUAAUUCCAGACAGUAUAAGAAAACCUCUCCUUUUGAGCUGAUACGGGUUUUCUCCCCAGAAUCCUUUUCUGGCAUGUUUAUUGUAUGAAAUACUGAGGCUCUCCAUUUAAGGAUGAACACAUAUGAGUCAAGGGAUUGCAAUUCUCUCUGAUAGGCUUAGGUUUCAGAUCUUAUAACUAUUGUAUAUGCAUUGAAGUGUGAUAUAUUUGCAUAUAAAAAUAAAUGCACCUGCUCUGGGAACUACUUGUCUUUAGUUAGUAGAACUGUUUUAUUCUCAACUAAUCUUUACUUUGAAUGUCUUAUUUUUUAGAAAAUGGGCAUCUCAUACUCAUUUAAUGUUUUGGCAAAUUUCUUCUUUAAAAGUGUUACCUGAUGUAAUUCCUGCGUGACAUAACUGAAUUUUUACCCUGCCCUAAUAACUCUGCUUAUCUUUAAGAAACAGGGUGCCUGUGUUGAAAAGUUCCCUUUGUAACCAGACCAGAGGAGACUGGUUGCAACCGCGAUAGCUGACCAAAUGACUUUUAAAAGACCUCAGCCUUUUUAUAAUCUUAUUUCUGUGCUAAAUGACACUCCCACCAGCGCCAUGACGGUUGACAAUCGCCAUGACAAUGACCAGAAGAAGCCAUGAAAGGACAAAAAGGAAGGCAGCACUCUAGUUUUAGGAAGUUCACUGCCCAUUUCUGAAAAAUCCAUAAAUAUUCCUCCCUUAGCUUUAAUGUGAAACACCUUUAUUAGAGAAAUUAUAUUUUAACCCCCUCACUCCUCAUUAGUUGAAAAGUUGAUUUGUGAACCAUGCUCCUGCUUCUCAAUUCUGUGGCAAUUGAAUAAAACCUGCACUGUUUGUCACUC